CCAGCUUGACUGCUGCUGCUCGGUGGUCUGGAUCAGUUAGUGUUGACAGGAAGGCAGCAUGAGUCACUUCUCUGCUCGGAUCAUGCAAGUAUGGGAAUAUUUGGAGGAAAAGACAGUUUGACAGCUCUCUCAAAGAAAAGAGAUAUGUGGAGGACCCUGACACUGUCACUGCUACUUGCCCUGGCACUGGGCACAGAGGUGUCCCAGUGUCAGGAUGUGGGGUCCCUAGACUAUGUGGAGAUGGUAGUGGAAGAACAGCAGGAGAACAACAGCGACAUAGCUACUGUUCUAGGAAAUUCAAGACGCCAGAUCCUGGCUUCUCAGUUUGAGUGCUACCUGAAGAUAAUCCAUGACCCACCACGAACAGAAGAAGGCCCCUAUUGUAAUCGUACGUGGGACGGAUGGCUGUGCUGGGGAGAUUCAGCCCCAGGAACCGUCAUGCAGAUGUGUCCUGAAUACUAUCAGGACUUUGACCCUGAGGAGAAGGUUACCAAAGUGUGUAAUCCUGAUGGCCAAUGGUUCCACCACCCAGAGAGCAACAGAGUCUGGUCUAACUACACCCAGUGUCAGGCUUACACUGCAGACAAACGCAAGUUUACUCUCUGUCUCUACUACCUGGCUAUGGUGGGUCAUGGUCUUUCCAUUGCCUCCUUAAUCAUCAGUCUGAUCAUCUUCUCCUAUUUCAAGACUCUCAGCUGUCAAAGAAUCUCCCUCCACAAGAACAUGUUUCUCUCCUUCAUCUUAAACUCCAUAGUGACGAUGACGUGGCUCUGGCUCAAUGUGGCCAAUAACCAGGCCAUCAGUGCCAGCAACCCUGUGAGCUGUAAGAUCCUGUCUGUGCUGACUCAGUAUACGACUACUUCCAACUACUUCUGGAUGCUGUGUCAAGGCAUCUACCUCCACACGCUCAUCAUAGUGGCCGUCUUUGUUGGGGAACAGCAGCUCUUCUGGUACUACAUCCUGGGAUGGGGUUUUCCCAUCGUUCCUGCCAUCACGUAUGCUGUGGCUCGUGGGCUCUUCUUUAAUGACAAGUGUUGGUUCAGCGCACAAACUGACCUGCUCUACAUCAUUCACGGCCCAAUUCAAGCUGUGCUGCUAGUGAACUUUUUUUUCCUCCUGAACAUCGUCCGGGUUCUGAUCACCAAGCUGAAGGAGACGCACUGCGCUGAGUCCACAGCCUACAUGAAGGCAGUGAGAGCCACCCUCAUCCUCAUCCCUCUGCUGGGAGUCCAGUACAUCCUCCUCCCCCUGACACCUAAGGGACACAUCAGCAAGGCCAUCUAUGUUUUCAUUAUAAACAUCUUCUCCCACUACCAGGGCCUCCUGGUGGCAAUUAUAUUCUGUUUCUGCAAUGGUGAGGCCCAAACGGCACUGCAGAGGAAGUGGGCUCAGUGGAAGUCUGCUUGGGGAGAAACGCCGAUCACCAACAACCACUUCAACUACCACACCAACUCCUCCAUCACUGAAACCAGCCGCGCCACCAUCAGCCUGGAGCAGCCUCCUGUGGUGCUUUUUGAACAGAGAAAAAACAGCAACUGUCUGCCCAUGGCGCAGCAGAAAGCCAACGGGCAGGAAAAGAAAGAAAGCACAUGCGCCAACGGGGAAGUGGACAUGCUGGACAUACGGCAGGCCACCGACAUCUGAAUGGAUGCAGCACAGAGGUGACAGUUGCAGUGCCACACACACACAAACACACACUCUUACAUAUAGAUACUGAUGACUAAAAAACACAGAGAUUGUAAAUGCAUUUAACCCUCCUGUUGUCCUCAUUUAUGGGCACCAAAAAAAUUCUUUACUUGUCUGAAAAAAAAAUCCAAAUAUUCUGCAAAAAAAAGUCCUCAAAUUUCAGAACAUUUGCGAAACCUUCAGGAAUAAAAUUCCAAUAAUUCCUUAAAAGUUUACCUUAAAAGUUUUAUUUUAAAAAAAUCCCCCAAAUUUGGCAAGAAAAUGCUUUGAAAUAUUUUCAAAAAAUGAGUAAAAAUCUUCCCAAAAAUAUCAAAAGUGAUUACAUAUAUAUCAGUAAAACUUCUUAUAUUUUCUUUAAGAACAUUCACAAUAAAAUCAACCAAAAUCCAUUGAAAUUCAUUGGGUUUUGGUUGGUUUUUUUUUUUGUGAAUGUUCUUAAGAAACUUCCCCAAAAUUUCCCAAAAAUAUUGCAAAUGUGGACAUCAGAAGUUUCACUGUGAAAAUAUAUUUUUCCCACACUUUCAAACUUUAAAAUGGGCCAGUUUCGACACACAGGACGACACGAGGGUUAAAGAAUGAAGGUCAGCUGAUUGGGUUUUGUAUGUAUGUAUAUAAUGUCUGAAGAGCACUUAGAGAGCAUGUGGCGUUUCACAUACAAGCACACACGUUUUUACAGAAACAGCUCCAAUUUUUGGACUUCUAAGGACCGAGGAGAAAAUGUAUUCAUCCUUAUGGUGCCAACUUGUAAUCUUCAUGUAAUAUAGUGCUUUGUUCCUUCUUUUUAGUCAACUUAUGUAACUCAGUUACUGUUUGUUUUUUGUAGUUUUUUUUAUUAAGAGUUUUCUGUCUGAAUUGAGAAAGGUUCAACCCCCAAACCUGACAUUAAGAUACCCUCAAUCUGUUGCCUUAUGGAGCCUGUACAUGCUUUACCCAAGCGAAUCGGUGACCAAUGAAUGUCAGAGCCCACUGAUUUGAUUGCACAUGCUCUUUUAUAUGAUUUAUUUAAGAAGGAUAAGAACAUCAUCACUGGUAUGCAGAAACCCAGCAUCCACAGCUAAGCUUCACUGACAGAAUCAUUCAGAUUUUGAUUUUCUCAUGACAUGUACCAGAAAUAGCAUUACGUAUGGUGUUCAGAAGCUCUCAAACAUACACCAUCUUAUAGAGCAUAUGGAUUUAUAUAUACAGUAUAUAUAGUAUGCAUCAACUUUGCACUUCCUGAGCUUUAACAGAAACUCCAGUUUCCAUUGAUGACCAUAUUCAAGUCUGAAGCACUUGUCUGUUAUUCACUGCUCAAUGGCGGAAGAAGUCCGUGGCCUAAUUUCAGGAGGAAAACCAUUGUUGCUCUGAUUAACGGUACUACGACUCAUUCUGUACCUCCUAAUUCCUGCAGCAACUGUAAAACAGCACAAUCAGAUUUUUAUUUCCUUUGACAAUUGUUUUUUUAAGGUGGAGUCAAACAGAAACAUGUCCAACACUGAGAAAGUUCUGGUGUUCACAGCUCAGUUUAUAACCGUGUUUAUGCAGUUAGGCCAAUUAGAAAUUUUGUUUCAGUGAUCACACGUUUUCUAACUUGUGUGACACUGAGCAGCCCGUGCCAAAAUAUUCCCCACUGCUUUGCCAUGAACAGACGGGAAAAGUCUUUUGUAUAACGAUGUGAAUUUUAUUGUAAUACAACAGGAGAUCUUAAUCCUAAGUGAAGCUGAAAACAUACACUGAAAACUGAAAUGAAUGUUAGAAUGAGACAAGGCUACAGAAUUCCAUUUUAAAAUGUGUCAAAUGAAGAUGAAACAGAACAAGACUGUGUCAAAUUAUCAAAAUUAUUAGAGAUAAUUGUCUUCUCUAUGUCUUAUUAACCCCUCCAGUCAACUUGGAAAGGAGACACUUUCAAAGGUUUGUUGUGUCUUUGCUGGUGGUGUUCCUAUUGCUUUCUGUGUUGUUGUUGUGGAUAUUUUACUAUGUUUUAUGACUUGCAUUAUUGUUACAAUAUGCUUUUUUUCAAAUGCACAAAUUUAUUUUACUGCUACUUCACAGACAUAUAAUUUAGCUUUUUUUUUUCUAUUGCACAUGUACCAUGCUGUAUGUACACAAACAGUUUCCAAGUCUUAUUUCUGAGAGUGAGCUGUGAGCAGAUGUGUUUUAUUCCAGGAUGCAUCCAUUCACAGCAUGCUUGAAAUCCAAAAGUUUAAGUGUGGGUAUUGUGGGGUACACUGAUGCAUGGUGAAUAAAACACAACCGUGGUAAGAAAACAACUGAGUAUGAGGCGGCUCUGUGAAAAGGCAGUAUUUCUGCACAGGGAGCCCGUCCUGUACACUUUGGCUGAUGCUGCCCAGUAGAGAAACAGCUGUUGUGGACAUAUUUGUAAAGAAAUUUGAGAAACAUUCCAAUAAAAUGUAUAAAAAAAUGUUUGAUUGCAGCAUAUUACUGUAUUUAUAUUUUUCACACUGCCAUUUACGCAUGGAAAUAAAGUUGUUUGAACAUCA